CUUGAAAAGGCAUCAGCUGACAUCAAGGAGGUUUAGAAUUUGGACGCACCUUGAACGUCAGUGUGAUUGGUCGGAGCUCGCGCCCCGUUGGCCGUUGGGCGCGCUUUGAGAAUUCGGGGAACGGAAUAUUCCGCGAAGGCACAGUGUUGUGCUUUGUAAUUUCGCCCUAAAGAACAGCAGCAAGUGGAAGUGAUACAGAACAUCAGAAGUACGCAACUUUUGCUUACGGCGCCGGCCGAAGAACUUAAUCAGUGGCAGAAUUUUCAAUUUAAAUAUUAGGUACUAAUUUAUGAGUAAGUGACUUAUUGGAGACCUUAGGGUUUGGGAACAAAAAGUGCAAACAUGCCUCGCCGAAAAAACCAACGGCAUCGGGACAUUGGAGAAGAUACUAGAAUAGCUGUUAAUUUGACGAUAAAAAAAUUAAUGGAAACUGCUGACCAAAAAGAAUUAGAGUUUCCUUCUUCCUAUACAGCUGAAGAAAGAGCUUAUAUUCAUGAUUUGGCACGUCAAUUGGGCCUUAAAUCAAAGAGCAGAGGUCGUGGUGCCAAUCGAUUUCUCACUGUUUUCAAGAGAGAAGGUUCUACGAUAGUUCAAGCUGAUGCUGUUAUUAAAUUGCAAAAAACAUCUAGACAGGUUAUUUAUAACUUAAUUAAAAAAUGUCCCCUUGAAAGCAAGGAGCGCAGAGAUCUAUUACCACCAACAGAAAGGGAACGGACUGUGGAAAGUGAAGUUAAUACUAACACAAAGGCAAUGGGCCGAUUGAAUAAUAGUAUACCGCAAGUACCUCAACUAAAAACUAAUUAUGAUGUACUGAAUUUCCGCAACUCAUUAACAGUUGUGACUAAAAGAGAAGAAAUUCUGCACACCCUGAGUACAAACCAAGUUGUUAUUAUAGCUGGAGAGACUGGUUGCGGUAAAACUACACAAAUUCCUCAGUUUAUUCUAGAAAAUUGCCAACAAAAAAAUCAAACUUGCAGAAUCAUUUGUACACAGCCACGAAGACUGUCUGCUGUAUCAGUGGCUGAAAGGGUUGCUUUUGAGCGAGACGAAAAAAUUGGUCAGACAUUUGGUUAUCAAAUAAGACUAGAAAGUAGAGUUGCUCCAAAAACUUUGUUAACAUAUUGUACUAAUGGUGUUCUUUUGAGAACAUUAAUGGGGGAUGACUCAGCACUAGCAAUGAUAACUCACAUAAUUGUUGAUGAAGUUCAUGAACGUGAUAGAUUUUGUGACUUUCUUCUUAUUGCGUUGAAAGAUGCUCUUGUCAAGUACAGAUCUUUGAAAGUGAUUCUCAUGAGUGCAACCAUUGAUACAACAAUAUUCACUAAAUAUUUUAAUAACUGUCCAGUAGUGAGUGUGCCUGGAAAAUUAUUUGAUGUAGAUGUAUAUUAUUUAGAAGAUGUUUUGAAAAUUAUUAACUACACGACAAAGGAGAUGUUGUCAAAAAAGAAAGAGCUUGUAAAUAGCAAAGAGCAACAAAAAGUUUUGGAGUCUUGGACUCAGUACAAUCCACCGUCAUCUGGACCUGCAAAAAACAAAGAGAGGAAUACUAUACCUAUUCCAAUUCAGAAACAGCAUAACGAACCUGUUUCAGAAAAGGUUGAACUAGAGCCAUGGCUGAUAGAAGAAAUGGACAAAUCUAUUGCUGAUGCAUGGCUGUCUGGAGGAGAAGACAAGUUCACUCAAAUUUUACAUUUGAUACAUUCAGAAAAUGUUUCUGUAGAUUAUCAGCAUUCAAAAACUUUUGUUACUUCACUAAUGGUUGCUGCAGGUCGUGGAUUACUAAAUACAGUUGAACAACUUCUAAAUCUUGGUGCAAAUUUGAACCUGAAAUCUUGCAAUGAUUGGACUGCUUUGGAUUGGGCAAAAAAUAUGAAACAAGCUGAAUGUGCAGAACUAAUAGAAGCUUACAUUAAGACUUACGAUUGUCCUACAUCAGAGGUUGAAUUAUCAAGAGCCAAGAAUGCUCCUAUUUCAGAAGAAGAUAAAAUGCUGCUUGAUGUCUAUCAUCAUACAUUCAAUGACGAAAAUGUCGAUUACAAUUUGCUUCUGACAUUAAUUCUGCACAUACACUUGCAAAUGCCUAUGGGAUCUAUUUUGGUGUUUUUGCCAGGAUAUGACGAUAUUGUUACUAUGAGAGAAAAAAUCAAUGGAGAAAAUAGAAUGAAUCAGGGUAAUCGCUAUAAUUUGUAUAUUCUUCAUUCCAACAUGCAAACAAGCGAUCAGAAAAGGGUAUUCAGACCCAGCCCGCAAGGCACACGAAAGAUAAUUCUGUCUACAAAUAUUGCUGAAACUAGUAUAACAAUUGAUGACGUUGUGUAUGUCAUUGAUUCAGGUAAAGUAAAGGAAAAGUCAUUUGAUGCCAUAUCUGGUGUAUGUAUGCUGCGAUCAAAUUGGAUAUCUCAAGCUUGUGCUAAACAACGUAAAGGUAGAGCUGGUAGAUGUCAAAAAGGCAUAUGCUAUCGGCUUUAUUCUUCAGUUCGAUAUAACAGUAUGCAGUUAUAUCAAACACCAGAAAUGUUGAGAUUGCCUUUGCAGCAGCUCUGUCUCUAUACAAAGCAUUUAGCUCCAGGAAAUACACCUAUAGCUGAAUUCUUAGAAAAAGCUAUAGAGCCUCCAUCCAAUGUGAUAACAAGAAAUGCAGUUCAAUUGCUUAAAACCAUUGACGCUCUUGAUCCUUGGGAAGAUCUCACUGAGUUAGGAAGUCAUUUGUUGGAUCUGCCUAUCGAACCUCGUUUAGGAAAAAUGCUGCUUUACGCAGUUGUUCUCAAGUGUCUCGAUCCUAUUUUAACAAUAGUCUGCAGUUUAGCAUAUAAGGAUCCAUUUGUUAUACCUUUUCAACCAUCGAAGAAACAAGCAGCAAUGCUAGCACGCAAAGAAUUUGCAUCUAAUACUUAUUCUGAUCAUAUGUCGGUACUCAGAGCUUUUCAAAUUUGGCAGAAUGCUAGAGCAAAUGGAUGGGAAAGAGCAUUCUGUGAAAAGAAUUUUAUAUCAGCCGCAGUUAUGGAAAUGGUUGUUGGAAUGAGGACUCAACUGCUCGGCCAAUUGCGAGCAUCUGGUUUUGUGAAGUCCAGAGGAUCUGGUGAUAUUAGAGAUUUGAAUUCUAAUUCUGAAAAUUGGGCUGUUGUUAAAGCAGCUUUAACAGCUGGAUUGUAUCCAAAUUUGAUUCGCGUUGAUCGAGAACAUGCUCAAUUAAGAACGCAGAAAGAGGUCAAAGUUUUUUUCCAUCCUUCAUCGACUUUAAGAGACUUCUCAAAAUCUUUGAGAACGACUUCAGCUCAAGUGCAUGCUGCUAAUGUAAAUUCUUUGCCUUGUGAUUGGAUGCUUUAUGAAGAAAUGAGUCGCUCUGGCCGAUUUUGUCAUGCUAGAACUGUAACCUUGGUUAAUCCAAUCACUGUAGCAAUAUUUAGUGGACCAGCUCGAUUGCCAAUGGAUGUAAUUUAUGAAGCCGAAUGUAUACCUGAAAGUGAAUCUGAUUCAGAAGUUGAUGAAAGUCAUGAAGGAACGACAAUAUUAAAACUCGAUGACUGGGUAGUAUUUAAAGUUGAUCCAGAAGCAGCUCAACUUGUUUUACAUUUAAGACAAAAGUGGAAUGCAUUAUUUUUACGUCGCAUGAAAAAUCCAAAUAAACUUAUGACCCAACAAGAUGAACAAGUUAUCAAAACUUUAGUAACUGUGAUUACUAAUGAAGAGCAAGCAUGUGGAUUACAGCAACCAUUGGGUAUAGGUCAAAGACCUAGACCAUUACUUGUGGACUAUUACCCAGCCAAUGCCAGACGUACAGAAGACUAUGAAGAAAAAAAUCUUUAACUACUGCUUAAAGACGAUCUCGGCAAAUAAACAGCUAUCAUGAUGAAAUAUGAAUGCUGCAAAAGAAUGCUUAAUUUUAUGAUACAAUGUGAUCUCUUGGACAUGCUUCUUAUUCUUUGUAUGUCUAAAAUUGACAAAUCUUCCCUCACUAAGUCUUACUGUGUGAAUACUCAUUAAUAUAGAAUAUUUAAAUAUUCAAUUAUCUAUGGUAACUAGGAACUUUUGAAAUUGAACGUUUGUUUGCGAUUUACAUCUGCAUGAUGCACUUGUCAAUGAUUAUUUUAUAUUGUUUACAUUUUAAGAGAUAAAAUUGUAAGUUUAGACUAAAAGUGUUUUUUUUUAUUUUAAAUUAGUCACAAAAUACUGAUAAAGUAUGAUUAAAAGUUAUUAUUCAAGGUUGUUUGUGAAUAUUUACAUUUGUAAAUUUAUAACAUAUAAUGUACAAUAAUUUUUCUUAAAGUUUCAAAAAGUUUAAAAGUUAUGUAUAGCAAGUUUUUGAAACUUAAAAAUUAUUUUUUCAUUAAAUUUUAAAUAUUAUCUAACUUAAAUAAUACUAGACUUAGAAAAAAGACUUGACUAGUCAAAUUUUUAUUUAUUUAUUGUAGUUAGCGAGUUCUAAUUAGCAAAUAAUUAUAGAAAAAUAACUAAUAAUUUUAAAUUUUAUUUAUAGUAAAUUUGUAAUGAUUCAAUUACUUUGACACUGUUGUAUAAAUUAUAUGUAUAAUGAAAAUUUAAUAAAUCGUUUUUUAACACUUCAUUA